CGGAGCCCGUACCGGGUACACGUCUCAUUGUUGCAAAAUCGCGCUAUCGUUAAAGUAUAAACAAUUAUCAGCAGUUGAUGUUAUCUGACAACGAAGAGAGAAAUCAACGGUGCUCUGAGAUGAAAACAUGAGCCAUUAACAUACAACAAAAUAUAUUUACAACUAUACCAACAACUACAUGCACAGACAAUAAAUAAAGCCAAAUUAUUUACAUUUGUUUACUGAUUUAAAUCUAGUAUUCAUAUUCAAUUAGAAAAUCAAUUAAAGAAUAUAUUUAAUAGUUAUAAAAAUCAUAGUGAUACGAAUUUAUCGAUAAAAAAGUCGAUAAAUAUUUGAAAAAAAAAACAAAAUGAGUUCCGAGUCGCCUUCUUCAGCGAAAAAGUUGAAUUUAGAACGAGCUUCGAAUUUUAUGAGACAAUUCCGUGAUCCGGAUUCUAGGGAAUUGAAAAAGCUGUCCGCAAAUCAGUUCAUGGAAGUAUGGAGUCAUUACGAUGGAGAUGGUAAUGGCUACAUCGAAGGCACGGAGCUGGACGGCUUCUUAAGAGAAUUCGUUUCCAGUGCCAACUUCACGGAUAUCAGCCCAGACGCGGUGUCUGACUCGAUGCUGGUGGAGCUGAAGGCCUGUUUCAUGGAAGCUUACGAUGACAAUCAGGAUGGAAAAAUUGAUAUACGAGAAUUAGCCCAGCUCCUGCCAAUGGAAGAGAACUUCCUCUUGCUUUUCAGGUUCGAUAAUCCUUUGGAAUCCAGUGUGGAGUUCAUGAAGAUCUGGAGGGAAUACGACACCGACGGCAGCGGAUACAUUGAAGCUGACGAGCUUAAGAAUUUUCUCCGUGAUUUGCUGAAGGAAGCGAAGAAAAUUAACGACGUGUCUGAAGACAAACUCAUCGAGUAUACCGAUACAAUGCUUCAAGUUUUUGAUUCGAAUAAAGAUGGCCGACUUCAACUAUCCGAAAUGGCGAAGUUGUUACCGGUGAAGGAAAACUUCCUGUGCCGACAGGUGUUCAAGGAGGGCAUAGAGGGCGCAACAAAAUUAACAAAGGACGAUAUCGAACGUGUUUUCUCUCUUUACGAUAGGGAUAAUAACGGCUCCAUCGAAAAUGAGGAGUUGCGUGGAUUCCUAAAGGAUCUUUUAGAACUUGUUAAAAAAGAUUACGACGCGCAGGACCUGCUCGAAUUCGAAGAAACAAUUCUCCAAGGGGUAGAAUACAGUAGCGAAGGCAAAAUCAGUAGGAAGCAACUGACAAUGAUCCUUCUAGCUCUCGCUAAGCACAAUCAAGAGGAAGAAGCUUCGACACCAUAAGAAUAGCCGAAAAAAAAUACUACUCCGUCCCAGUAGUUCAAUGAAACGAAACGCUGUAACAGACGAGCUGAAAAUCGUUCCCAAUAAUCAUUUCAAUGCAUAUAUAUAUAUGUUUAAAUAUGGCUCUCCCAUUUAUAUUAAAUGUUACGUGAUCUUAUCGCUCCAUUUAUGCUUCAUUUACCCGAUGAGACCAAAAAUAAAACCCAAGUAAAGUAAAAUAUUUACCAAAUAGCAAUAAAAAAUACUACGAUUUGUUGUUCUAGUAAACGAGAACUGUGUGUUGUAGUUGCUUGUAGCUAUAAAUGUUCUUAAUUACUACAAAAAUGAUCUAAUCAUAGAAAUGGGGAUAGGAUACCACUUUCGUUUCUGCAAUAUGCUGCUUAUGUGUAGUACGUGAAAUAUUAUAAUUCGUCAUAUUCAAUAGUUCAAUGGAAUGCCGUUGAUAUUGAGAUGGCAAGGGAGAAAUGGCUCAAACUCAAACACUUCGCGAUGAGCGACGUAAGAUUAACCUUGAAAUCAUAAUGUCUCAAUCACAUUGUUUUUGUGUGUGUUAAAUAUCAGCUCGUCUGUUACAGUUCAAAGCAUGUGUUGCCAUAAUUAGAUGACAUCGUGAACAUGACAUAGAAUUGCUUGAGCGAUGGUUGAUCUAAAUAAAUCUGGUAUAUCAAAAAUAAAGCCAAAAGUGCCAAUGUUGAGGAAAUUUAUCUCAGCCUUGUUUUUAAUGAGGACAUAUACUUAAUAUUCGCUUGUAUACGUCAGUUAGUCAUGCGAUCAGGGGACCAAUUCUACUAAUCUAUAACGAUUACGAUACGUUACCCAUUCAAUUCCAAUCCAACUUUGAUUAUUCUAUAUUUAUUCGGUAUAUGUCAACAUCAUACUGGGUUCCAGUAUGAUGUUGAUACCGGGUUCCAGAUAUGAUGUAUCAUACUGGGUUCCAGAUAUGAUGUUGAUACCGUUACGUCAAAACCAAACUUAGUUGUUAACUUUUUACCAAUUGUUAUAAUUAAGAUAUAUAAUAGAAAAACGGAUAAACGCCAACGAUUACGCUUCGAUUCGAUUGCGAUAAAGUGACAAUUUGUUUGUUGAAUCGGUCCCCAGAUUAUUAAAUAACAGACACCACUUCUAAUUUCUGUUUUAAAUAAUAUUUUUUUCGAUAUGGACUCGAAUAAUUGUCUAUUCGAUUUCGGUUUUAUAUUGUCGAUUAAAACUCCACUAAAUAAAAACCAAUGAUUUUACAACAAGCAAUUUCUUGGGAAUAUCUCCGUGCUUUCAAAACUUUCAUAUAAUUUUUUCUUGGGAUUUCCUAUUUGUACAACCAUCGCUCAAACUUUGCUACGUUAAUGGACAUUGUACUAGAAAAACUUAUUGAUUUCGUGUGGUAAUUGCACAGAUUAAACAUAAUUUUAAUUUGUACAAUUGA